AUGGAGGAAGAAAAGCAGCAGCCAAGUGUGGCGGUUGUGCCAUGGAUGCGCCACCCUGUCGACAUCACUCGCUGUCAAGAACUCCCUGUUUGUAGUGUUCCUUUGAUGAAACGCAGGUUACAGUCGGUACUGGAGGAGAACAUGGGAAUCUCGAAGCUGUUCCCGGUUCAGGUCACACUUUGGCAAGAAACGAUUGGACCGGGUGACUUUGAGCAAGACCUUUGCAUAAAAUCACCCAUCGGAAGUGGCAAAACUUUGGCCUAUGCUCUUCCCAUCGUUAAGCUCGUCUUCGACGCCUUUGCAUCACUGUUGGGUCUCCAUAUUUGCUUGGCUACUGGUCAAUCUUUGCUUCGCCACGAGCUUUCUAGCCUCAUUUAUCUACCUGGAGAAGACGACGGUCCAAAUCCUGGAUUUUUGUCUCCGUUGUGGUUCCAAAGCAAGGUCGACAUAUUGGUAGCGACCCCUGAAAGGCUAGUGGACCAUGUCAACAAGUUGUCGUUGAAGCAUCUUUGUUAUGUCGUGGUUGACGAAGCAGAUCGAUUUAAACCUGCAUCUACUAAUAUACUAUAA